AGCCAGGCGGAGCAGCGCGCCCGUUUGCUGAGACAGCGAGACCCGGGAGGAGAGGGGGGCAGCCGGAGCUGCGGCGGCGGCUGGCCGAGCCCCUCUCCAUCCCGCCGCGUUCACGGCCCGGAGGCUGGAGUCGGCGCCCCGGGCUCUCCCUCUGCCUGUCUUCUCGGAGCCCCAUCCUCCAUCCUCUUCAUGGGGCAGCCUGCUCCGGCCGCGCCACCCUCGCUCCAGCGCCGGCGGAGCCGCGGCCCGGGCAGGCGGCGCUGAGCCGGCCGGGGUGCAGCCCGGGCCCCGGGCGAGACCGGGGAGGAGAGCGCGCCGGAGCCCCGCCUCGAGCUCCGCGGGGGACACGCCGCCGCCGCCCGCCCGCCUCGGGCAUUGAGUCCCGGCGGCGUCGCCUAGGCAUCGCCGGUGUCGGCGCUCCAUGGAAACUUUUCCUUCUCCGGCUGGAUUAAAGUUGCCCAGAUUUCCUCUUUCUUUGCGAAAAGAAGCCAUCCGUGUGCACCUCCCCUAGGAUGUGCAUGCUGGAGCUGCUGCGGGGCGCUUGGAGGAAGGAAGACGCGCUGUCCGUGUGAGCAUCCUACCCAAACGGAGAAAAAAAACCUGGGGCUGGUGUUGGAAACCUGCACCCUCCCGCGGGUCCGGGUUCGAGCUGGACCGCGCGGCUGGGGGAUCCAGCGCUGCUCGGCUGGAGGCAGGCGGCCGCGGGGCCCGGCCCGCACGUGCGGCUCCCCCCGGGACGCACGGAGCCUGCAGGGGGCACCCGCCCGGAGGCCGAGGCUCCUCCCGCCGGAGCUGCGCCCGCCCCCACCGGCUCGAGGGUGUAGCCGGCGGCGCCCGGGACGCCCCCUUCCCUCCAACUGCCCCUGAAUCGCACCCGCCGGCCCCAGAGCCUCCGCGGACACAGCGGGGCGCCGCCGCGGCAGCCCGGAGCCGGAGGGGACCCAGACCAGACCGGGGGCCGAAGCGUCGUCGUCGGCCGCCGCCCCCUGGGCCGCCCCCCACUCCCGCCGCGGCCAUGGCCCCGCGGAUGGCGCGCCGCGGCGGCGCCGCCCUGCUCUGCCUGUCGGCGCUGCUCGCCCUCGCCUCCGGCCGCGCCCACCCAGCCAGCCCCAGCCCGCCGGGGCCCCAGGCCGGCCCGGUGCUGCCCAUCAGCUACCGGCUGUCCCACACGCGGCUGGCCUUCUUCCUGCGGGAGGCGCGGCCGCCGCCGCCGCCCGCGCCCGCCAACGGCUCCCUGCAGCGCUCCGAGCCCUUCGUGGUGUUCCAGACCAAGGAGCUGCCCGUCCUCAACGUGUCCCUGGGGCCCUUCAGCACCAGCCAGGCGGUGGCCCGGGAGCUCCUGCAGCCGUCCAGCACCCUGGACGUCCCCGGGCGCCUCACCGUCAACUGGAAGGUGCGGGCCUUCAUCGUGCGCGCCCGCGUGCCCGCCUCGCAGCCUGCGGCCCAGGUGCUGUUCUACGUGGCCGGCCGGGACUGGGACGACUUCGGCGCCGCCGAGCGGCUGCCCUGCGUCCGGCUGCACGCCUUCCGGGACGCCCGGGAGGUCAAGAGCUCCUGCCGCCUGGGCGGGGCGCUGGCCACCUGCCUGGUGCGGGCGGAGCUGCCCCUGGCCUGGUUCGGGCCCCCCGCCCCGGCCGCGCCGCCCGCCGCCCGUCGCAAGCCUCCGGAGGGGCCGGAGCCCGAGCUGACGGGGGAGAGCCAGCAGGCCGAGCUGUACUACACUCUCCACGCCCCCGACGCCUCCGGGGGCUGCGGGGGCGCCCGGCGCGGGGCCGGGGCUGGGGCGGGGGCGGGGGCCCGGGCGGAGAGCCCCACCCAGCACCCGCUGCUGCGCAUCGGGAGCAUCAGCCUGUUCCGCCCGCCCCCCCGGAGGGCCCUGCAGGAGCACCGGCUGGACAGCAACCUGAUGAUCCGCCUGCCCGACCGGCCCCUCAAGCCCGGGGAGGUGCUCAGCAUCCUCCUCUACCUGGCCCCCAACGCCUCCUCCCCGCCCAGCCCCAGCGUGGAGCACUUCACACUCAGGGUGAAGGCCAAGAAGGGCGUGACCCUUUUAGGCACCAAGUCACGGAGUGGCCAGUGGCAUGUGACCUCGGAGCUGCUGACGGGGGCAAAGCACUCAACAGCCACCGUGGAUGUGGCCUGGGCCCAGGGCACACCCCUGCCCCCGUGGGAGGGCCAGGGGCCCCUGGAGAUCCUGCAGCUGGACUUUGAGAUGGAGAACUUCACCAGCCAGUCGGUCAAGCGGAGGAUCAUGUGGCACAUUGACUACCGCGGGCACGGCGCGCUGCCCGACCUGGAGCGGGCGGUCACCGAGCUGACGGUCAUCCAGCGGGAUGUGCAGGCCAUCCUGCCCCUGGCCAUGGACACCGAGAUCAUCAACACGGCCAUCCUGACCGGCCGGACGGUAGCCAUCCCUGUCAAGGUCAUUGCCAUCGAAGUGACCGGCCUUGUCCUGGAUGUCUCUGCCAUGGUGGAAUGUGAGUCUGACAAUGAGGACAUCAUCAAGGUAUCCAGCAGCUGCGACUACGUGUUUGUUAGCGGAAAGGAGUCUCGCGGGUCUAUGAAUGCCAGGGUCACCUUCCGCUACGACGCCCUCACUGCGCCCCUGGAAAUGACAGUCUGGGUCCCCAAGCUGCCCCUGCACAUCGAGCUCUCGGACGCCCGCCUCAGCCAAGUGAAGGGCUGGAGGGUACCCAUCCUCCCCGACCGGAGGUCAGCCCGGGAGAGCGAGGACGAGGACGAGGAGGACGAAGAGCGGCGGCAGAGCAGCAGCCGCGGCUGCACCCUGCAGUACCAGCACACCACCCUGCAGGUCUUCACCCAGUUCCACACCACCUCGUCCGAGGGCACCGACCAGGUGGUCACCAUGCUGGGCCCGGACUGGCUGGUGGAGGUCACCGACCUGGUCAGCGACUUCAUGCGGGUGGGCGACCCCCGCGUGGCACGCCUGGUGGACAGCAGCACGCUGGCAGGCCUGGAGCCGGGCACCACCCCCUUCAAGGUGGUGUCCCCGCUGACAGAGUCUGUGCUCGGGGAGACACUGCUGACAGUGACAGAGGAGAAGGUCAGCAUCACCCAGCUGCAGGCCCAGGUGGUGGCCAGCCUCUCCCUCUCCCUACGGCCCAGCCCCGGGAGCAGCCACACCAUCCUGGCCACCGCUGCCGCCCAGCAGACCCUCAGCUUCCUCAAGCAGGAAGCCCUCCUGAGCCUCUGGCUCUCCUACAGCGACGGCACCACCGCCCCCCUCUCCCUCUACAGCCCCCGGGACUACGGGCUGCUGGUGAGCAGCCUGGACGAGCGGGUGGCCACGGUGACCCAGGACCGGGCCUUCCCGCUGGUGGUGGCGGAGGCGGAGGGGGCCGGGCCGCUGCUCCGGGCGGAGCUCACCAUCGCCGACAGCUGCCAGAAGACCAAGCGCAAGAGCGUGCUGGCCACGGCGCCCGUGGGCCUGCGGGUGCACUUCGGGCGGGAGGAGGAGGACCCCACCUACGACUACCCGGGCCCCAGCCAGCCGCCGGGGCCGGGCGGGGGCGAGGACGAAGCCAGGGGCGCCGGCCCUCCUCCGGGCACCGGGAGGUCCCCCCCGGAGGCUCCGGGGGCGCCGGCCACCGCCAGCCCCGCCGCGCCGCCCACCGAGGACUUCCUGCCGCUGCCCACGGGCUUCCAGCAGGUGCCGCGCGGGCUGACGGACCUGGAGAUCGGCAUGUACGCGCUGCUGGGCGUCUUCUGCCUCGCCAUCCUGGUCUUCCUCAUCAACUGCGUGGUCUUCGUGCUGCGCUACCGGCACAAGCGCAUCCCGCCCGAGGGCCAGACCAGCACGGACCACUCCCACCACUGGGUGUUCCUGGGCAACGGGCAGCCGCUGCGGGCGCAGGGCGAGCUGUCCCCGCCCGCGGGCGGCAACCCCCUGGAGGCCGUGCCCGCCUGCUGCCACGGCGACCACCACAGCAGCGGCAGCUCGCAGACCAGCGUGCAGAGCCAGGUGCACGGCCGGGGCGACGGGUCCUCGGGCGGCUCGGCCCGGGACCAGGCCGAGGACCCCGCCAGCUCGCCCACGUCCAAGCGCAAGCGGGUCAAGUUCACCACCUUCACCACGCUGCCCACGGAGGAGCUGGCCUAUGACUCGGUGCCCGCCGGCGAGGAGGAGGAGGACGACGAGGAGGACCUGGGCUGGGGCUGCCCGGACGUGGCGAGCACCGGGAGACCCGCCAGGCCCCCCAACUACAUGCGCAGGAACAAAGAGAUCGCGUAGGGGCGCCGUCUCCCGUUGGGGGGGCUCCGUGGGGGACGCGGCCAGGACCCCGGCGCGCAUGGUCAUUGUGGGCUGGCGGCCGACGUGGAUCUUAAAGGCCCCGGCCUGCAGCUCCGCUCUCUGCAGGUGCCGCUCCCUCCAGCUGCCUCACAGGUGGCCGGCGCCUUCGGGAGCUCGAUGGGAGGAGGCGAGCCCAGCCCUCCUGCCUUUCCCAGCCCUCCUCCCCUCGGAGACAGCCUGCCCCAGGAGCGAGGCCAGGGGGGGCCCCCACUGUGAGCGCCCCUGCCUCCCACGUCCCCCGGGACCCCCCUGUGCUGGGGGUUCUGUGGGGUCUUGUGUCACAAGCUGCACAAAGACUUUUUUUCCAAACCACUAUUCAGGGAUUUCUGUCCUGCAGGGCGGGGAGGCUGCCGCUGCCUGCCCUUGCCCAGGAUCUUGCUGUGGACAAGACUUCGGGCGGGGGGGGGGGGGGCGGCGGGGGCUGGGGGACACGUGUAGCGUCUUCUGGCUUUCCGGGACCUCCUAGCACCUGGGAGGGACCCCGGAGGGGUCUGUGGUCAAGCCAGGCACCGUCCUGAGAGCCCAGCACUCCCUCCUCUGCCCCCAAGGGCUACAGAUGUGGCCGGAAGGGGGAGGAGUCCUCAGCCCAGCCCUGGCCAAGCCACGGCCCGGAGCACCCUGUCUGGGUGGGCCCAGGGAGACCCCUGCCCGCCCGCCCGCCUCCCCCAUAGCAAGGCCAGCACUCCGCCUUAGCCCUCCAGCUCUGCUGGCCGCUGCUCCCUUCUCUGCACCCCCCCAGGAAACGGAAUCCGGUAGGAAUGGGGGGGGGGGGCGCCGAGGGAGCUGGGAAGGACCUGGGGAUGGGCAAGGCCGAGGGAGCCGGGCGUCUCCCUGCCCCGCCUCUCAGCCACUUUUCUCUUGGGUUCUACCACCACUGUGUCGGGUUUUUUCUUAAAUAAACGGAGGCGACCAGAUUGGAGGUGGGGGCCGCAGCUCCCAGACAACAGAC